AUGGGUGAGGACGGUGAGAGCCCAAAAAUCAACCACAGCUUCCUCCGAGACUACGUCACUGAAGCUGAUGUCAUUUCCACAGUGGAGUUUAAUCAGACGGGGGAUCUGCUGGCGACAGGGGAUAAGGGUGGGCGUGUGGUGAUCUUCCAGCGGGAGACGGAGUCUAAAGGUGACUCAGAGGAGCUAGCUGAAUCUGGGGAGUAUAAUGUUUAUAGCACCUUCCAGAGUCACGAGCCAGACUUCGAUUACUUAAAGAGUCUGGAGAUUGAGGAGAAAAUCAACAGAAUCCGCUGGCUACCACAGCAGAAUGCUGCCCACUUCCUCCUGUCCACCAACGAUAAGACCAUAAAACUCUGGAAGGUCAGUGAGCGGGACAAGAGACCAGAGGGUUACAACCUGAAAGAUGAGGAGGGCCGGCUGAAGGACAUCUCCACAGUCACAUCACUGCAGGUGCCAGUGCUGAAACCCACUGACCUGAUGGUGGAGGUCAGACCCAGGCGUAUCUUUGCCAAUGGUCACACCUACCACAUCAACUCCAUCUCAGUGAACAGUGACGGGGAGACGUACCUGUCAGCCGACGACCUCCGGAUAAACAUGUGGCAUCUGGCCAUUACUGACCGCAGCUUCAACAUCGUGGACAUAAAGCCGGCUAACAUGGAGGAUCUGACGGAGGUCAUCACGGCGGCUGAGUUUCACCCACAGCACUGCCACCUGUUUGUCUACAGCAGCAGCAAAGGCACCCUCCGCCUGUGUGACAUGAGAGCCUCUGCCCUCUGUGACAAACACUCCAAAAUCUUUGAGGAGCCAGAGGAUCCAGGGGGCAAGUCCUUCUUCUCCGAGAUCAUUUCCUCUGUGUCGGACGUGAAGUUUAGCCACAGCGGGCGAUACCUGCUCACUCGCGACUAUCUCACAGUCAAGGUUUGGGACUUAAACAUGGAGAAAGGUCCUGUGGAAACCUACCAGGUGCAUGAGUACCUGAGGAGUAAGCUGUGCUCUCUCUAUGAAAACGAUUGCAUCUUUGAUAAGUUUGAGUGUGUUUGGAACAGUUCAGACAGCGUGAUAAUGACAGGUGCGUACAACAGCUUCUUUCGAAUGUUCGACCGUGAGACGGGGCGGGGUGUUACCCUGGAGGCGUGGCGUGAGAGCAGCAAGCCGCGGGCCGUGCUGCGUACGCGUCGCGUGUACACCGGGGGGCGCCGGCGACGCGGCGACGUGGGCGUGGACAGCCUGGACUUUACCAAGAAGAUCCUCCACAUGGCCUGGCAUCCAGCUGAGAACAUCAUCGCCAUAGCAGCCACUAACAAUCUCUACAUCUUUCAGGACCGGGUGAACCCGGAGGCGCAGUAA